UUCCAGCAGUUAGUAGUCAGCCACAGAGGCUACAGCAGAUAUUAGGAAGUGCUGCGCAAUUUCGUGUGCUGUAGUCCACGAAAAUACGUUAAUCCAAGAAAAACAUUACGUUUGUUUAACAGUUUAAAUAUUAAUAGACUAUUAAAUAUCGAAAGGAGAUCAACGAUAUCUUAAAUAUAAUAUCAGCAAAUACAGACAUUUUAUUUGAACAAUAUUUUAUGAAUACUAAAACAUAUGAGAAUGAAAACAUUGUAAAACGAUAACAUAACAGAUAAAAGAUAUUGAUUCUUCUCUCUUGAUAUAAUAUAUGAAAAAUGGGGAAAUUGAAGAGAAUACCGAAACCGUUUAUAAAAAUUAAACGUCUCUUGAGAAAAAGAACAAUAAUUCCAUUGGGUCAAGAAAUUAAGAAACAUAUACGCUGGAAAGGGGAACGAGAAAUGCACACUAAGUUGGCUACAAUAAACUUUGAGACUUUGAAAAUUACAGCAGACCCACAAGUAGAUGUAGAUUACAUAAAAAGCAUGUCAAUAAUGUCGAUUUACGAUCGUAAUUAUAGAAGUCCCACACAAGAAAAUAUUUCCGAAGAUUCCAUGCAUAUCAGAUCCGAUAUGACACAUGAGUUAAACGAUUUAAAUAUCAUCGAUGAAAGUGAAAACGAUUGUAUUGUAAAUAUGCCGCAGCAGAACAUUGGAUCUGAUAUUUUACAGAAAACUUCUUUCCUUUAUAUAAGCGACAAUAGUGAGCCAAAUAUGUACGAUAGAAUGAAAAAUAUUGUUAUAUUCUAGAAUGUAAAUGAAGUUAGCCUAUUUUAAAGAUUUGGAGAUUAAGCGUUAUCUUAUACAUU